AUGAUAACCACAUUUCGUUUGAUAGUUCGGUCACUCCGAAUAUUUGGAAGUCCCAUACCUGAAGACGAACUAACCAAACAACUAGAGACAUGUGAUAUUACUAUUAAAGACGAACCAAUCCUAUCAUUUGAUAAUCUUGAUUCUGUUCAAUCAUCAGAUAUCGAAAUAACCAUACCAAGUUCAUGUGAUGCAUAUGACGACUGUUUAUCAUCACCAUGUAAUAAUCAUACCUGUAUUAAUGAACAAGGGGGUUUUACCUGUCAAUGUAAAGAUGGUUAUACAGGAACCACGUGUAAUAUUCCACCGGAUUAUUGUGUAAAUAAUUUGUGUGAGAAUGAUGCCAUUUGUCAAAAUUCUCUUAUAACAAAGAACAAUACCUGCAACUGUAAGCCAGGAUAUAAAGGAAGGCUGUGCUCUUAUGAAAUUGUUAAUGGUGGAUGGAGUGAUUGGAGUGAGUGGUCUCAAUGUUCUGUAACAUGUAAUGGUGGAAAUAAAACUAGACAAAGAACGUGUACCAACCCUUCACCAGAUGAAGAUGGUUUAAACUGUACAGGAGGAUCAAUGGAACUGCUAGAUUGCAAUAUAGAACAUUGUCCAGAGUGCCAUGAAGGCAACUUGACUUUAGCAAAUGGUGUAGCAAAAGCAGAAUGUACAGGUGACAAGGAUGAUAUGAUAUGUUCACCUAUUUGCCAGAUUGGAUUUGUAUUCAAAGAUAUUAUACCUAGCUAUGAAUGUAAAGGUGGAGACUGGCUGUCUGGAAAUAAAACAGAACCUUGCACAAAACCUGUAAUCCCAGAAGAAUAUAAAGUUAAUUUGGGAUUAUCAUAUAAAAUACCUGACUGUGAUUCCCAGUAUGAUGUACAGAAUCAAAUUGUCCAGAUAACAGAUCAGUUACCAUGUUCUACUAACCCAGAUUGUACGUUGAAUGUUACAAUAAACAGUUGUCUUUUAGAACCUGCUCCUACCUUAGCUCUAGGCGUGUCCAUUAAUAUACCAAUUAACCAAUCAACAAUUGAUUUUCAACCAGGAAAUGGUACAGAUGAUGUAACUCGUGCGUUAGAUACUUUAGAUAGAACAUCUCAAAUUCUUCAGGAUGACGACGCCAUCUUUAAUGUUAUUAUUAAUGGUGUGAACUAUACAAGUGACAUGGAUGUUGUUGGAACUAUUAAAUGUCCACCUGGAACCGUUCAAGCAAAUGGUAUUUGUGUUGAGUGUUCCCCGGGAGAAUAUUAUAAAGAAGACGAUGAUGUUUGUGAAUAUUGUGCACUAGGAACUUAUCAACCUGAUAUUGGACAAACGUUUUGCUAUAAUUGUCCAGAUGGAUUGAUGACACAAUUUAUCGGCUCAGACAGAUUAUCAGAUUUAAAAAUCUGA